AUGGCGGCUCCCAGCGGCCGCCGGCCGCAGCCCGCGGGGCCGGGCGGGGGCAGCGGCGCCGGGCCCGGGGCUCUGCGUGGCGCCGAGGAGGACGCCGAGGGUCUCUACGUGGCGGUGGAGCGGUGCCCGCUCUGCAACACCACGCGCCGCCGCCUCACCUGCGCCAAGUGCGUGCAGAGCGGCGACUUCGUCUUCUUCGACGGGCGCGACUCCGAGAGGUUUUCAGAAAAGAAAGAAAGGCUGAUGCAUCUCAAAACCAAACAGAGAGAAUUCCAAAAACAUGUUUUGAAGGCCAUGGAAGGGAAAGAAAUAACUGAUCAGCUGAGGUGGAAAAUAAUGUCUUGCAAGAUGAGGAUUGAGCAGCUGAAACAGACCAUUUGCAAAGAAAAUGAUGAAAUGACAAGACACACAGAGGGGCUGCUGAGGAUUAAAGAGGAGAACCAGAAGCAUUAUCGCAGGGCUCAGAGGCACCAGGAGAAGAAGGAGAAGAUCCAGAGGCACAACAGGAAGCUGGGAGACCUGGUGGAGAAGAAAAGCUACGAGCUGAGAACUCAGUACGAGCACCUGGCAAACCUGCGGCGCACGCACAUCCUGGAGCUCACCUCGGUCAUCUUCCCCAUGGAAGAGGUGAAGACAAGCAUGAGGGACCCUGCAGACGUGUCCUCAGAGAGUGACAAUGCCAUGACCUCCAGCACUGUGAGCAAGCUGGCAGAAGCACGGAGAACCACGUACCUGUCCGGGAGGUGGGUGUGUGACGACCACAACGGGGACACCAGCAUCAGCAUCACGGGGCCCUGGAUCAUCCUCCCCAACAACGGGGACUACUCUGCUUACUACAGCUGGGUGGAGGAGAAGAAGACUACACAGGGACCUGAUAUGGAACAUAAUAACCCUGCUCAUACCAUCAGUGCUGCAUUGUGCUAUGCAACUCAGCUUGUUAACACUUUGUCUCUCAUACUUGAUGUAAAUCUUCCCAAGAAGCUCUGCAACAGUGAAUUCUGUGGAGAGAAUCUCAGCAGACACAGGUUCACACGGGCAGUGAAGAAGCUGAAUGCUAAUAUCCUUCACCUCUGCUUCUCUCAGCAUGUAAAUUUAGAUCUGUUGCACCCCCUGCAUACCCUCAGGAACCUCAUGUACCUGGUCAGCCCAGACACCGAGAACUUGGGCAGGUCUGGCCCCUUCGAGAUCAGCGCUGACCUGGAGGACUCCAUGGAGUUCGUGGACCCCAGCGCGGCGGGCGAAACGGACGAGAGCGGCGACGAGCAUGUGAGUGACGAGGAGACCGACCUGGGCACGGACUGGGAGAACCUGCCCAGCCCCAGGUUCUGUGACAUCCCCUCGCAGCAGGUGGAGAUGCUGCAGAGCCAGAGCACCCAGGUGUCCCAGCCCAUCGCCAGCAGCAGCGCGGGCGGGAUGAUCUCGUCCGCCGCCGCCUCCGUCACCUCGUGGCUCAAAGCCUACACCGGGCACCGCUAGCGGCACACGGGGGCUGUGCCAGGACCCCCUCCCUGGCUGUGCUGUAGUCAACCUUCACCUAUUCAGUUAAGUAGUGCCUGGAACAAAGGAAAGGUCAGACUCGUGUUUUGUAAACCGGAGAAAACCUUUUUAUUUACCCAAGAUGACUGUGACGGCCCCGUUUUGUAAAUUAGCUCCGUGCUCCCGACGGAUUCUGCCAGGGCACUUUUGUGUCUUGGUUCUGUCUGCAUCGAGGAUUGUAAAAGGACCCAGCAACCUCCAGCUCUACUUUCUGAAGAAGCAGAUUUUGGAGUGUUUGGAUCGGGGAGAGCGCAGGGAAGGCUGCUCAGGGCACGGUCUGGACAGUGGUGCAAAUGCAGUUCCCACUUUCUUAACUCCUUACAGGGUUUUCCUUUGUGUGUGUGUGUUUUAAAUCUGUCUUGCAUAAUGCAAAAAUGCGUAUUUCUAAAUUUUUUUCAUUCAGGACAUGAAAAUUAUGCAUUUUUAACAUGUUUUCUAAUCUCUGUUGCCAUAUUUUUAAUACAAAUGAUCAGCAUGGACAGGGAAUUCACACAGCAAAUUGCUCUCGGUUUAGAUUUGGUUGUGAAUCUUUACCCAGUUCUGCCAUAGGAAACUGGCUUCUUUCAUGCUGUGUCCACUGGUAGGUGUAGAAGUUUUGUGUUGUGCUGAGGCACACAGGCUCUAUAUUCUUAAUACCAUACACCAAAGAAACACUGGACGUUCUCUUGCUAGGCCCACAUUCGAUGCUGAUACAGAAUUGCAUUGUUGCAAUAAUAUCCAUUGGUUACCACACCAUGUUGCCACUUUUUAGCAUUAGAAAAACCUCAUUUCAAGCCAGUUUGGUAGUUACCUGCUCUCCACACUACAUGUGUUUUUAACCCUAUUUUAUGGUAUGUUCAUGGUGGGGUUUGUUGUUUACUGACUGCCAAGAAGGUGGUUUGGUUUCCCUGGCACAGCUGGCUCGUGGAACCCCAGGAGUUGGGUGCUGAGUGGUGACUUGGAGAGCAAAGGCUCCUCCUCUUCCUCUGCCUUGCAGGACGGGGCACCCACGGGUGGUUUGCUCAGCAGAGCUUCCAACGUUUACAUUUAGAGCUGGGACAGUUCCUGCACGGGGCCAGCCAAGGGAAGAGCCUCCUGCCCUCCCUCCACGAGGGAGGAUUUCUGCCACUGCCCCGCAGCUUGUGGGGACACAGCUCCUAACGAGGACAUGGUGACAGAGGCCACAUCCCUGCCCCAUCCCAGCCCCAGGGCUGGCUUUCCCAGCCACCUCACAGGGUGUUUCGUGGUGGAUUUCUCUGUUCCUGUCCAGGCUGGCCAGUGCUGCCCCUGUCCCCACCCAGGGGUGGGAAGCCAGAUGUGGCAGUGACACCCAUGUGCCCUAUGCCAGGGUGCCAUUGUGCCACCCACCCCUCCACGGCAGCUGCUUCUCUUCAACCCUGAGCUUGGGCAUGUGUUGUCAGUAGUUUCUUCUGAUUUUUCUUUUUUAUUUUUUUUUAAACCAAA